UCUUUUGCGGCAUGGAAAAUCGAAAUACAAGAUUUCUUGUAAAUAAAGAUUCUGUAUGAUUUGUAAUUGAAAUUCCUUGUAUGAUCUAUAUAUAAAUCUCCUUGGACUUGAUGUUUUUGUCUUAAUUAGUAUAAUUGUUUUUCAUAAAAUAAUUCCUUAUUAUAAAGAGAAGUAACUUGUGAAGAGAAAGUGUUGCAGACUUAAGGUCGGAACAGUAUGAACGAUUCAUCGGAAAAGUGUUGCGGACUUAAGGUCGGAACAGAAAGAAACAUGACUUGUGAUGAUAAAGAGAAGGAAAUUCCUUCAUGUUGUUUGAAGGCUAAGGUUUCAGCCCCUGAACAUGAGGGAAAGUGUCAUUCUACUGUUGUUUCUGGAUGGUUCUCACAAUCUCAAUCAUCAUCUGGUAAAGUUGUUUAUUUCAACAAUCCUAUGUGGCCAGGAGAAGCACAUUCAAUAAAAGUAGAAAAAAUAUUGUACAAGGAAAAAUCAGAGUUCCAAGAAGUUUUGGUUUUUGAGUCAUUAACAUAUGGAAAAGUGCUUGUACUUGAUGGAAUUGUUCAAUUGACUGAGAAGGAUGAAUGUGCUUACCAAGAGAUGAUAACUCAUCUCCCACUUUGUUCAAUUCAGUCCCCCAAAACAGUUUUAGUUGUUGGUGGUGGAGACGGCGGAGUUCUGAGGGAAGUGUGCCGCCACAGUUCUGUAACUCAUGUUGAUAUUUGUGAGAUAGAUAAAAUGGUUAUUGAUGUUUCUAAGAAGUAUUUUCCAGAAUUAGCUGUUGGAUUUGAAGAUCCAAGAGUACACCUGCAUGUUGGUGAUGCUGUUGAAUUUCUUAAAUGUACUUCUGAAGGAAAGUAUGAUGCAAUAAUAGUUGAUUCCUCUGAUCCAGUUGGUCCUGCUCAAGAACUUGUAGAGAAACCAUUUUUUGUGACAUUAGCUAAGGCAUUAAGACCUGGUGGAGUACUAUGUAAUAUGGCAGAAAGUAUGUGGCUUCAUACUCACCUUAUUCAAGAUAUGAUAUCAAUUUGUCAACAAACUUUUGCUUCUGUACGUUAUGCAUGGACAAGUGUUCCGACAUAUCCAAGUGGUUUGAUAGGCUUUAUCCUAUGCUCAAAAGAGGGGCCACAAGUUGAUUUUGUAAACCCUAUCAAUCCUAUUGAAAAAGUUGAAGGCACUGCUAAGAACAUAAGAGAACUUAGGUUCUAUAAUUCAGAGAUGCACAAAGCUGCAUUUGCUUUACCAGCAUUUUUGAAGAGGGAGGUGAAACUGCUGCGUGACACUGCAUCUGUAUCACAUUGCAAUAACAAUGGAUGUUAAUUUGAAGGCCAUCAAUUCUCAGUUUUGACUAGCUAUAUGUGUGAUUGCUAUCUAUUUUUUUAUUCUGCAAAAUGAUUUUGUAUUUUUAUUACUGUUUUUCUAUCUUGUUGUCGCGUCAAUAGUUAUUCUGAGUGUAAUUUUAUAUGGCGUCAACAGAUGAUAAGUCAAAUUUGUAAU